UGUCCAAAGUGAGGCAGAGCUACUAUGUCUCACUGGUCAGACUGAACAGGACCAGAGAGAAGGACUUGUGAACAGAUCCUUGUGAAAAGGCCACAAGAAGAAUGGAGCUAUUUACCAUCCUGGAGAGAUGGAAAGCUAGAGGCCAGCCGGAGCAAAGAAUCAGCACAGGGCAGUGAAACUGUUAAAGGGAAGUGCUUACAAUAUAAACAGAUUCUUCCUUGAUGAGCUUCUGCUGCCAACUGUACUAUGUGCAAACAGUAAGAAAAAAAAAGUGACCUUCUACCCCCAAGGACAAGGCAGGCCUUCCUGGAAGUCCCACCAAUCAGUGGCCCAGGACAGGGUCUGCCAGUAGUAAACAGGAAGUAGAGCUUUCCACAGGAGUGAAAGGCAUCCCUUAGCAGGAAUACCUGGCAUGUUACAGUGGUUCCGAUCUAAGCCCAGAGGCCUUCGGAUCCCACAGUAAGUAGCCUCAACCAGGGAACUUCAGUCACUCAUGGACUGGUUUCCCAACCAGGCACAAGCUCCCCAGUGAAGAGAGCCCAACAGAGAAUUAGGAGAGUUCUGAAGAGAAUCACAGAUGGGAAGCCUUAAGUGCCAUCUGGGACUCUGAGCCACCACUUGCACUGUGUCUCCCACCUCCUCACCUCCAGCCAUCAAGCUGUUCAAGGGUUGAUCCCAAGGAGUCAAGAUGGAAAUAUCUGAGGCAGUGGGGAUAGCUGAAGAAGAACAAUCAGCUCACCUGCAUAGAGCGAAAAUGGCUGGUAAAAGAAAGUAUCAUCUACUGGUCUAUUACUUGGACCUACUAGAGAAAGAGGAGCUAAAGGAGUUCCAGCUUCUGCUCCAAAACAAAACAUUCCUCAGGAUCUCUCCUACAACAACAGCAGCUCAAGCAAAGAAGAUAAGUGGAAGAGAGGUGGCCUUGUGGUUGGUGGCUGAAUAUGGAGAGCAGCAGGCAUGGGAUCUGGCCAUCAAAACCUGGGAGCAGAUGGGCCUUACAGUUCUGUGUGAUAAGGCCAGGAGAGAAGUAUUCUUGACAUGGGGGGCUCGUGGAUCAGAGAAAAAGUCCUUGACACAGCCAUCUGAAAAAUCUGUACACAGCAAAGGAAUUGAACCAAUCAACUUUCCCAAGAUAAGUGAGAAGUCCUGCCCAACACAGUCCCGGGAAACUAAAUAUUUUCAUGAAAAAUUUACACAGCUGCUACUUUUACGUACACCCCACUUUAGAAGUAAAGAAUACCUGGCCAGGGAAAUGUGGAUUUAUGAGUCAAAGGUGGGGCAAGGACAUUUGAUUAAGAUCCAAGACUUAUUUGGGCCUGUCCCAGGUACCCAAGAAGAAUCUCACAGAGUCGUACUGUAUGGGGCUGCUGGAAUUGGGAAAUCAACACUGGCCAGGCAGGUGAGAGGAGCCUGGGAGGAAGGCUGGCUAUUCAGGGACCGCUUCCGGUAUGUCUUCUAUUUCAACUGCAGAGACCUACCCCAGUGCCAGGUAAACAGCAUGGAGGAGGUGAUUGCAGCAUCUUGGGCUUCCACUGCAGUUCCCAUUAUGGACAUCCUAUCUUCUCCAGAACAGGUUCUCUUCAUCCUGGACAAUGUGGAUCAGCCAAAAUUGAAUUUGAGGUUUCUAGAUUCUAAAGGCCUGAGGUUGCAGGCCCAACCAAAGCUGAGCCAUUCACCUCAAGUACGUCUAGUGCUGGACCAUUUAUUACAGUCACUCCUUUUUGUCAGGGCUUUCUUUCUGAUUACAGCUCGGACCACAUCUCUGGAAAUGUUCCCUCAUUCUUGGGAGAAGCCACGUUGGGUGGAAGUCCUAGGCUUCUCUGAGUGGGGAAGGAAGGACUAUUUCAAGAAAUAUUUCACAGACGAAAGCCAAUCAAUUAUAGCAUUUAGUGCAGUUGAACCAAACCCAUUGCUUUUGGCACAGUGUCUUGUGCCCUGGGUGUGCUGGCUGGUCUGCACUUGCCUGCAGCAGCAGAUAGAGCAGGGCGAAGUACACCCCCUGACCUCUCAGACCACCACAGGCCUUUUUCUCCACUACCUUUCCCAGGUUAUCCCAACUGCACUCCAAGAGAUCCAGCUUAGGUGCUUGUGCUCUCUGGCUGCUGAGGGAAUCUGGCGAAGAAAGACCCUUUUCAGUACAAAUGAACUGAGUAAGCACGGGUUAGAAGGGGCCCUCAUUACCACCUUCUUGAAGAUAGGCUUUCUUCAAGAGCACCCCGAUACUCUGAGCUACAGCUUCACUCACCAGUGUUUCCAGGAGUUCUUUGCUGCAUUGUCCUGUGUGUUGGGAAAUUCAGCGCAUACAGAUAAAUAUAAUUUCAGUCUCAGAUGGAUGACACAGUUGCUAAAAGAGUAUCGAUGGCCUGAAUCAUCAAGAAUACAAAUCUUGUGCUUCUUGUCUAGCCUUUUAAGUGAUUAUGGGGCCAAAGAGAUGAAGAAGAUCUUCUCCUGCCAGUUGCUUCCUAGAAGGAGUUGGGAGCUGCUACAGAUAGUCAGGCCACAUGGCAUACUUUUGUCACAAUACUAUCUGAACUUCUUCCAUUAUCUGUAUGAGACUCAAGAUGAGGAGCUCGUGACACAUGAAAUGGCCCAUUUCCAGGAAAGAAGAGUGUGUGUCCGUACAGAUAGGGAACUCCUGCUGGUCACCUUCUGUGUUAAAUUCUGCAAUCACGUGAAGUGGCUUCAGCUGAAUGAGAGUGACCUGCGGAAACAAGAACGGAGGCGCCCUGGGAUAGCUGUGUCCACGUGGGCACGACUCACCGAUGCCAGCUGGAAGGUUCUCUUCUCUGUUCUCCAGAGCACUGGCAGCCUGGAAGAGUUGGCCCUAAGUGGAAAUCCACUGAGUCUGUCUGCUGUGCAGAGUCUUGGUGAGACCUUGGGUCAACCUCGCUGCUGCCUACAGACCCUGCGGUUGGCUGGCUGUGGGCUCACAGCUAAGGGCUGCAAGCACCUUGCCUUUGGUCUGAGCACCAGCCAGACCCUGACUGAGCUGGAGUUGGACUUCAACAUGCUAACAGAUGCUGGAGCCCAGCACCUUUGCCUCGGUCUGAAACACCCAAGCUGCAAACUUCAGAGACUGAGGCUGGUUCACUGCGGCCUCACAUCCACUUGCUGCCAGGACCUGGCCUCUGUGCUCAGCACCAGCCCCAGCCUCAAAGAGUUGGACCUGCAGCAGAAUGAGCUGGGAAGCUAUGGUGUGCAGCUGCUCUUUGAGGGUCUCAGGAACCCCACCUGCCGACUCACACUGCUAUGGCUGGACCUUACCCUUCUGAAUGAGGAGGAGCUGAGGAUUGGGGAGCAAGAGAAACCACAGCUGCUCAUCUCCAGUGGACAAAUUCCAGAUACAAGGAUCCCUCCUGAAGACCCGGAGGAAGCAGAAGAGAGUUAUAGCACAUCCUCCUUCAUGCAGCAGAGACCACAGUUAGGUGACCUGCACAUGGAAGCUCUGGACAUUGAAGAUGACUUCUGUGACCCCACAGGGCCUCUGCCCAUAGAGUUGGUUAACAAAGAUGGGAGCCUGUGGCGAGUUCACUUCCCUAUGGCUGGCUACUACCACUGGCCCCACACAGGUCUCAGCUUUGUGGUGAGAAGGGAAGUGAUGAUGGCGAUUCAAUUCUGUGCCUGGGACCAAUUCUUGAGCAUACAUGACCUACAGGACACCUGGAUGGUUGCAGGACCUCUCUUUGACAUCAAAGCUGAGCAGGGAGCUGUGGCAGCUGUGUACCUCCCUCAUUUUGUGGCCCUUCAAAGAGAACAUGUGGACAGAUCUCUGUUCCAAGUGGCCCACUUCAAAGAGGAGGGGAUGCUCCUGGACAAGCCAGACAGAGUGGAGCCACAUCACACCAUCCUGGAAAACCCCACCUUCUCCCCAAUGGGAGUUCUCCUGAAAAUAAUCCCUGGUGCUCGGCGCUUCUUCCGUGUUACCUGCACCACACUGCUCUACCAUCACAUCCAUGCUGAGGAGGUCAAAUUCCACCUCUACCUGAUCCCCAGCGACUGCACCAUUCGGCAGGCCAUAGAUGAUGAAGAAAAGAAGUUCCAGUUUGAGCGAAUACACAAGCCACCUCCAACAGACCCCCUUUACUUGGGAUCCCGCUAUAUUGUAUCUGGAUCAGGAAUGCUGGAGAUUAUGCCCAAGGAACUAGAGCUCUGCUAUCGAAGCCCCAGACAACCCCAGCUCUUCUCUGAGAUAUAUGUUGGGUGUUUGGGUUCAGGAAUCCAGCUGGAAAUGAGAUACAAGAAAGAUGAGACAGUUGUAUGGGAAGCCUUGUUGAAACCAGGAGACCUAAGACCUGCAGCCUCUCUAUUCCCUCCAUCUGCCAUAGGUCAGCAACGGUUGUCAGAGACCACAGGUGACAGUGGCAUUCCUGGGACAUUCUGUCUUGUACUGGAAGGAAGGGAAGAGACAGGAGCCUCAGCUUCACCUCCAAAUGUUCCAGCCUCACUGCACUUUGUAGACCAGCAUCGGGAGCAGCUGGUGGCCCGAGUGACUUCUGUGGACUCUGUAUUAGACAAGCUGCUGAGUGAGCAGGUGCUGAGUGAAGAGCAGUAUACCAGCGUGCGGGCUGAAGCCACUAAGCCUAGCCAGAUGAGGAAACUGUUCAGCUUCAGCCCAUCCUGGAACUCAGCCUGCAAAGACAAACUUUACCAAGCCCUGAGGGAGAUCCACCCUCAUCUGAUCAUGGACCUCUGGGAAGCAGGUGCCAAACAUUCAGGGGACCUCUGACAUUUUUGGAGCUGAGCUCUAAAUAUGUGCAUUUGAGUCUUGUAAUGCAUGCCUUUCCUCUGGGCCUCUGUUUCUUCACCUACAAAAGUUGCCAUUUGAAUUGCCCACUAGCUCUAAAGAUAGGAAGAUACCUGUUUUGAGGACAAUAUGUCCAUGGAGAGAAGUGCCUCACAGGUAGCCAGACAGCCUUCCUUAGCUUUCACAGGCCAGAUGUCUAGGUAUGAAAACACCAUCUCCAAGAAAGUUCAUCAGGAGUGUAUGAGACCCCUGCAGACAUUGUAGAGCCAGGUCUCUUGCCCAUAGCACCAAACAAGAACCCUCCUCAUCCCAUGUGGAUGCAGACAGAAGUAGCAGGAACAUUACAGUAUUCAUCUCUGCCUGGAGAAAACAAUGAAGAGAACAUAUGUUCUUGUGGGUGGUGCUUGGCUAUAAAUACAAGAGAAAAAUAUUCAUUGAAAAGUUAUUCCAUGCAGGCUUUGGUGAGUUGCUCAGGACAUGAGAGACUCCACACCUUAACACAGACUAUCCCCUUGUGGAGUGGAAAAACUUCUCCCUGACUCCUCUGCCAUCCAGGGAGCCCCAGUCUGGAGGAAUCCUGGUGCCUAGCCCAUACUCCUGCUCUGUGGGUUGGGCAGCCAGCAUGAAAAGUGCCUGGGGACUCCCGGCCUCGUAGCCCCCCGGAAGGAGGGGGUCUGGCACACAGGGAGCCACGGGCAGGGAGUGCCGGCCUCCCAGCUGGCUAGCUUCCUGCCUCAUAGGCUCCUGGAGGGAGGG